AUGUCGUCUACUGCUCCAUUAGAUUCAAAGGCCACAGAGCAAAUCACUACAGCUGCCGAAUCCAAACACAAUGAGACUCAAGCCACAAGGCGGAAGAGAUAUAGGGAAGCACAAGAACAAACCCGAAAUAAACACUUGCGUUUCCAGGCAUCGCCUACUCCAGAAGAAGCUUCUCCUGAAUUGCCAUCAGAUGAAGUUGCCAAGUUACCACAAAAGAGGUUUUAUCGUCAACGUGCGCAUUCGAACCCAUUCUCAGAUCAUAAUUUAGAAUACCCCGUGCUGCCGAGUCAAAUGGACUGGUCCACCAUCUACCCUCAUUAUACUCCAGCCUCUUUGAGGAAAGUUGAGAUUGCAGAUAUCGGAUGUGGGUUUGGUGGUUUAUUAAUUGACUUGGGUCCACAGUUCCCUGAAUCGCUCAUCUUGGGAAUGGAGAUCCGUGUGCAAGUCACCAAUUACGUCCAGGACAGACUCAUUGCAUUACGUGAGAUUCACAAGGCAGAUGCAUACAAUUACGAUAAUCUUGGUGUUAUUAGGGGCAAUGCAAUGAAGUUUUUGCCCAAUUUCUUCACCAAGGGUCAAUUGUCAAAGAUGUUUUUCUGUUUCCCAGAUCCUCAUUUCAAGCAAAGAAAACACAAGGCGAGAAUUAUUACAAAUACAUUGUUGAGCGAGUAUGCCUAUGUUUUGCGUGAAGGCGGUGUUGUGUAUACAAUUACUGAUGUUGAGGAUUUGCACAAUUGGAUGGUGAAGCAUUUGGAUGAGCACCCGUUGUUUGAAAGGUUGAGUAAAGAAUGGGAGGAGCAAGAUCCAUGUGUCAAAAUUAUGUACAACUCUACUGAAGAAGGUCAAAAAGUUGCAAGAAACCAGGGGUCGAAGUAUGUGGCAUGUUACAAGAGGUUACCCAACCCUGAUGAUUGCGAAUAA